CAAAGUAUGUCAGUCCUAUUUUUUUUCUCCAAGUUAUCUCUGGAAGAACACUUUGGAACAUUUUAUCAUUCAUGUAUAUCUUAGUUAAAGUAGUGUUUCAAGUCUUCCAGAGUGACUGUCACAGCCAGUAAAGAGCGGUUCAGUAUAAGCGAAUCUGUUACAGUCACGUCAUCUAGCUAGCUAACUGUUGCAGCUGCCCGGAAAGCUAACCUAGCAAGCUAGUUUUAUAGACAACUGGCUAUAGCCGCAGCCAGGGCGGAGAAUUAUUUACAAAAUUAGCUUUUCCAUUUAGCCCGUAAGCAGCAAGUGGAGGGGAAUUCAACAAAACUGGCAGAGUAGAGAUGGAAGGAGAUGACUGCAAUUUUCCUCCAGAUUCAUCGGAUGAUCACUCGCAAAGAGGAAGCGUUGCUUCUUCGGCAACGCUUUCCCGUGCUCAAGAUGUGCUUAUAUACCUCUGUGGUGACAGCGCAGUGCAUUUAUCAGUAGAAGGGCUUGGCAGUGUCUCUGUGCAGGAGUUGGGCCGCAGCGUUCGUGAGGCUCUUCAUAUUCCUGAGUCUGCACAGGAUGCUUUUGCCUUCUGGCUUUCUUCUCCACUACUCGAAUUGCAGUUAAAGCUAAGGCAUCAACCAUACAAACUGUGUCGGCAGUGGCAGGACUUGCUUUAUCGCUUCACUGAGGCCUCGGAGGAAGACAUCUCACAAGAUGAACCAUGUCUCCAGUACCGCCGGAACGUGUUUUAUCCUAAAUCGAAAGAGCUGCAGAUAGAUGAUGAGGGAGUGCUGAGGCUUCUGUAUGAGGAGGCCAGGGACAGAGUUCUCACUGGUCGAUACCCCUGUGACCCCGAGCACUGGACGGCUCUUGGAGCCUUAUCUCUUGCUCUUGAUGAGGGAACUGGUCUGGACGGAAAACAAUUUGCUACUACUAUAAGAGAGAAGAAGCUGUCUUCGUUUCUGCCUGUACAUGUUGCCACGGGAAGUGGAGGUUUGCUUUCUACUCUGAGAGGGAAGUCGAGCCGUCAGACAGGGCUGGAGCAGAACCUCUUGGAGGAAUACAGAAAGAUCAGCGCAUCUGCUGGAGACUCUUCGGAGCCCACACAGCUCCUACACCAGUACCUCAACACGUGUCACUCUUUGCCUUAUUAUGGGUGCGCCUUCUUUGUUGGGGAGAUUGACAAACCAGGGCAAGGGAUUCUCCAAAGGGCCAAACGCAAAGCUGUCAACGUUGGGAUCUGCCUGGAGGGGGUUUAUGUGAUGGAUGUCAAAGAGAAGCAUGUGUUGCUCGGCCUGCAAUUCCAUGAGCUUUCCUGGGACCACAGCUACCCUGAGGAGCAGGGGGACUCGCAUAUUCUCUGGCUCGAGUUUGAUGGAGAUGAAGACGGCACUCCUGUUAACAAGUUGCUAAAGAUCUACUCAAAACAGGCAGAGCUAAUGAGCGGCUUCAUUGAGUUCUGUGUGGAGCUGAGGUCUGCGUCUGAGGGAGGGGCUGCCGCCGAAAUGGAAGGGGAGGUGAGUCUGUCUCAGCAGCCGGCUGGGCUAGACGGCAUCAGCAAGAACGGACGCGGAGGACGGCGGGGGGUGCUGCACAGGCAAAGCAGUGUUCUGUGCAGUCGGGUCCAUUCACUCAACACUAUCAGCUACGUGGACAAUGGAAAAGAAAUCAAACGCUUGAAGCCAAAAAGAGCCACGUCCUUCUUCACCCGUCAGGCGUCUACGUACUCUGCUGUGCAAGUGACGGAGAGUCUGGAGCAGAGUUAAACCCACUGAUCAUGCCUCUCAAAGACCAAACCUAAACAUUUUCUGACAUUUAAAGAAAAGACUUGAAACAAGCUUGAGACAUUCAACUGAUAAUAUAUGAACAUGCAAAGGACCAAGCGAGGGAUCUAAGUGUGAGUGACAAUAAUUAUCUUUUGAAGUUGUGUAUAUUAAGAUAGUACAGUAAUGUGAAAAACAAAAUCUUCUACUAACUGCUAUGUUUCCAAGGUUUCACUGAAGUGGCUAUUCAUUAGAUAGCUGUAC